AGAAUUGAAAUGAUCUUCGACGACUUUCCAAAAUUAAUUUGUGAAUCGCCUAAUAUAAUUCCUUGAAUCGAGUAAAAUUUAGUGGCAAGACAAUUGGAAACGAGAAAGGUGGUAAAUCAGCUCUUUAUUUGUUGUUAAAAAAGAAUCACGCAUAAAGAAAUGAAUACAAUUGCUCAUUCUUAUGAUUUUGACAUUACAUUUCAUUCUCUCCCGUGACACAUCAAUUGUCGUCAAUUUAAAUCAAAUUUAAUAGCCAUUAACUUUGAUUGAAAUAUUUAUUCCUAACAAUCUCGUCGAGAACUUGAUAAAGUUAAUAAUAGGGAUCAAUGUCAUCGGGUGAUUGAUUUAAGAGUUGCAUAUCGUAGGCUUGUCCCAUUGCAUUGGAAUCAUACGUAUAAGACAAUUUAAUAUAUAUAACGAUUCUGAUAUCGUCUCUCAGAUAUCUUACAAAUUCAGGAAACCGUUCAUCAAUGCGUACACUCGGGGACGUCUCGUAUUUCAAUUAAGUAAUACUUAUAAAAAGUUCGCGGGAAUUUUUCGCAAUACGCUUGCCGGUGUAUGUGCAGCCUAACGAGGAAGAUGGAAUUGCGUGAUACACUGGUGUGUACGGGAUUGUUCAUAGCGCCACCCCACUCCGUGACGGUUUUCAGUCGAGCUCGAACCUUCAUCGGGUGUGGAGUGUGUGUUGUAUUAUCGUGUGUCAGUGUUCCGACUACUCACUGAAAAUUAAGGGCUCGUAGCAUGUCUUGACGAGUAGGAGGGGCUCUUCAACGGGGUUUUCGGCAGACAAGGGUUCUCCAAAAUGGCGGGCGGUCAGCAGCUUCCCGAACAGUACACGGUACCGCAGCUAGCUAGGGUCUUCCACAGCCUGCCGCACCUCAACGUCUCUCUUCACUCGGUCAACAACACAUUUAAUCCACAUUCCGAAAUCUAUCUCGAGAGCCUCGGGAUACUUGGUAGUAUCCCCGCAGCCUGGUUAAUCCUGACGUUGCUGGUGCUUCUGGUCUAUCUGGUAACGAGAUGCUGCGACCGGAAGCCGCGCCCUAGGAGGUCGAUAACCCUGCUGAAGUGUUCGCUGGCCAUCCUGGCGUUGCUCUGCAGCGGGGCCGUCGCCGUCGGCCUCUACGGCAACGACGACGUCCACAACGGCCUGGUACAAUUGGUCGCCGCCGCGAAGAACGUCGACGGUAUCUUGAUGGGUGUACGGAAUCAGACCGACACCAUCGAGGCGACGCUGAAGAAGAAGGUGCAGCCCCAAUUAACUGCGCUAGGCGACGACUUCGACGCUCCUGUUAGCAACAAGACGAUGCUCGCCCAACUGUUGGCCGCUCUUCAGAAUAUGCAACAGAGCACGCACGUCGCCGUGAACCGGAGCUUCGAGAUUCGAAGACCGUUGACCGGUAUCAGUCUCGCCGGCGCGAUCGGGAUGGGCGAGAAGAUAGAGCAAUUAAGGUGGCCCGUGACCAUGGCCGUUCUCAGCGCGUUACUCGUUCUCUGUGUGGUCCUGGUCGUUGGAGUCGUGCGACAUUCCAGAUGCGUUCUCAUAACAUUUUCUGUAUUCGGUCUUUUCGCGGUGAUAGUCUCGUGGCUGAUGGCUUCGUUGUAUCUCGCGACUUCCGUGGCGUUGGGUGAUCUAUGCGUGUCCCCGGACGGUUACUUGACCAGGACGGUCCCGUCCACCCUGGCAGCGGAAGUCCUCUCGUACUACACGCACUGCGAGAACACGCGCAGCAACCCGUUCACGCAAAGACUGCGCGACGGACAGAGCGCGCUGACCAGCAUGAGGGAGAAUCUGAACAUUGUGAAGACGUUGGCAUUAGAACUGUUCAAAGAGGAACAGUUGCAGCCUAAACUGAACAGUCUUCUGAUCGAUGUGAACACCGUGAAUAAGGUGAUGUCGGGACUGGCCACGUCGCUCGAUUGCAAACCCCUUCACAAAGAGUACGUUUACGCCGCGAAGAGUCUGUGUCACUUAGGAUUGUACGGAUUAACGUUCAUGCUGCUGGCGAGCCUAGCAGCCGGCCUGUUCUUCACCGUGCUCGUUUGGGUGGAUUCUCACACGUGGAUCUACAUACGAAAGCGAAGAGAUUACCAUCAAGUCGACGAGCAGGAUCCGUACCUACCGCCAUCGGCAGCCUCGCAGGCGAUAGCAGCGCGGACCCUUCGAGGCCAAGGGUCGUACCCGCCUACAGCCCCUUCUGUAUUUUAUCCGAAUGCUCAUGGCACUCAAAAUAUCAUUAAGCAGCCUCUCUUGCUAACGCCGCCCCCGCCGUCCUACGCUACCGCCACUGCUCGAGCACGUCAGCUGCACGAGAGCAUGUUAAAAGGUGGGGGAAUUAACGGGAGCGGUGGAGUCGGGGAUCACAAAUCGUCUCAGCAUAAUCAGCAACCGACAGGUGGACGAGCUGAGCACCGUUCUGGACUCGGAGAUCAACCUGGCCAGUACGCGACUCUGAGCAAGCAAUGCAAAACUCUCGAGUCGAGUAGGGAACCACCUUGGACACCGAGCGUGGCGUCAUUCACCGGUACCCUGUCUCACAAUUCUCACGGACCUGCUCAUUUGGCCACUUUCCAAGAUUCUCGCAAGACGCAAACCCUCGACCCGAAGAACCUGGCAAACCUGAAACGGGGUCCGACGCAAGCUUGGAACCAGAAUCGUCCGUUGCCGCCGAAUCCCAGUAGUCAGCCGACCUGGGAGUUCGAGUCCCGUUCGCAGACGAACAUGAAUCAGUUCCGAUCACUGGUAAGGAACAAGGCGCCAAACAUACGUAUCCAGGAUCAGAUGCAAGAUCAGGUGCGGACGUUGGACAGGAAUUUCACUAGGAACCAGUUCAACGGCACACAGAAUAACGCGGUUCCGAACAUGUACGGGACGUAUAAUCGAGCGCAGUCGAGACAAGAGAACAAAACGACGGUGUCUACGCUCAGCCAGGUGCAGGGUAGCGAUCCGAAUCUAUACGCUGUCACAGAACUGUAAUCGAACUCCGAAUGACCGAAGUAGGAGCGUGAAAGAAACUGAAGAGGGUUCGCUGACGCGACAUUAAACAGACCUACGUAACGAGAAUCACGUGAAAGCGCGAUGUCAUUGUUCUCAAGAGACUCCUUUUGGAAAGUCGUUCUACAUUUUUUAACUUGACGCGUGUUUUAAUACGCGCAAUCUUCUUUUUAUACGCAACACACUUUGAGAUGAAAAAAAUGGCUCAAUCGUUUGGUAAAUUUUGAUAAGAGAAUCACGGGUCACAUUUAUACGCGUUUAAGAUUUCACGAUUUCGGGAAAUCGAAAAAAAGAAGAUGAGUGCAUCUACAUAUUCGAAAAAUUUCACGAACGAAGACGACUUAACGAAUCGUCAUUUCAACGUGUUGGAGGUUCGACGAUGAUCCAAGCAAAGGUGGCGACCUAACGGAGAAGGCCAGCGAGAGUAAUGUGAGCUGGAAGAAACGGGGGCAAAAAAACGGAUACUACGUUAGGAAAAUUCGACGAGAAAAGGUAAUAAUUAAUUUCAACGGAUAAUCGAAUUAGCACUUCGUUGCAUCUUUGAGAUUCAGUAAUCCUUCUUCUUGUCAUUUCAACUCGAGGAACGCUUAGGCCUGAAAGGCCUUGUAUAUCUAAAGUUUCGUACUUGUAUAUCAUGUACAGUGAUUAUCGUCGUUCUACGUUAGCUUAUUCUGUAAGUAAGAGUAAUUUCGCGAACGAAGGAAAUCGUCAUUGUCGUAUUUAUCGUUCGUUAUUCGUUUUCAACGAGACACGUCACACGAAGAAGCACAAAUAUUCAGAUAUUAGCAUAUAUAAAUCGCCUACGAAAAGAAUACAAAGUUACACGAUUUAAUCCGGCCUCGUUCGAGGCGCCGAAUAAUCGUCGACUUCUGUUUCAUCGAAUUAACGCUGUCCAUUUUUUUUAUCGUGGCCUACUAUCGUCUCCUUUACAAUCUUUCUGAGCUGCAUUUUUGCUUGCCUAUAUUUUCUCUUUACGUUAGACUGAAUUGAUAACAAUCGUAACAGUCCACAAGGAUGAAAUUUUUCGAACGUCUUUUUACAAAAGAUACAAACACCACGACACGAUUUUUAUAUAUACUUUUUUUAUACGUUUUAUCGAGGAUCGCGAGGGACGAAUUACAAUCGUUGAUUUGAUCGAUGAACCAUUUCCCAGUACACUUUAAAUGUUUGCAAGAGAUAUACACGUUGAUAUAAGAAGUUACCGCACGAAAUACAGAACGAGUGAUAUAUGGAUAUAUAAAUAUAUGUAUAUUUAUCAACGUUAAUAUUUAAAGUUCGUAGCGAGACAUCGAGCGUCCGUGAGUAAUAAGAAUGAGAGCGUACAUGAACUAGACAAGAAGAAUUUUGCCACUACUCGGGCGUGCAUACGUUUUUAAGUACAAACAUGGUAAAACGCAAGCGUUGUCUACCGUCAGGUGUUUUUUCAUUUUUUAUAUGGGAGAAACAUUUCUAGAAUCGAAUAUGUACGCUGUUCGUAAUGCAUUUCGAUGAUUCGUGAUUCGGUCAGCUGUCAGGCUGUUUUUACGAGAUCGUCAAAAGACAGUACAGAGAUUUGCAUUUAGUAAAACGAAAUAUUCAUGGUAACAGUGUCGGUACUCUCAUCGACCGCAAUAAAGUUUUCGUAUAAUAUCGGUAUUUUAUAUCCGAAUAAGUGGAGAAAACGAAGAGAUCGAGAUUGAAUUAUUUGCGGAGCGCAAAGUCUUCCUAGAAAAAAAUCGAUGGAACGAACGUCGGGAACGAAGUCGUUCGAGAUCAAUGAAGAAUAUCUGCAACGAACUGGCGGAUGGCUUUAUAUUCCGCAUCCUAUUCACCGAGAACAUGUGUAAAUAUACAGUAAAACAUAAUAGAUGUAAGUUUGUCGAGUAAAUGUGAGGAACAGAUACGAGGAGGUGAGGUGUACGUGUGAUAUAACUUGAAUUUAGAUAUUACGAGUUUUACACAGAGAUAAUAUCGUUCUGUUCUACUGUUUUUGUUUCUCGUCAUUUCUUCGUAGACCAACGGUGUCCUUCCUGGAACGAAGGGCCGCCGUUGCAGAACGGACGUUUCGUCGUAUCCGUUUACGUUUCCACGUCGAAAACGAUGUUUCGAUGAUAACAGUUCACGAAUACGAGCCAGCAAUUAUCUGAAAUAAGACGAACCACUUCUUACUGACGAGAUCAGUAUUCGAUAAGAAAAUUGCCAAGCAAUUUUAUUCCUGAUAAUUGCUGUCUCGAGACAUCGUCUGCUCGCUGUUCGAUAACGAGUAUGGGAACGGUAUAGGUAGAAGAAAGGCGAUUAAGUAUAAACACGUUUGAUUCGAUUGUACAUAGUUGUAAUAUUUAUUAAAGUGAAAAAAUACAAGGAGCGAUCAUAGCGCGCGUAGAGUAUAGUGAUAUAGGUCUAGCCGUUAACCGACUAUAAUCUUAAGAUCGAAUCGGAGAUCGGAAACGAAUCGGGAAAUAGAAAUUCGUUUCCUCGAUGAGGAGAGAAGAAACAUCCUAGUCAAUAGAAGAUGAUGAAAAAAAUGAAUACGAAGGUUUUUCUUUUCGCACACGUUCAACCUCGUCCGGCUGUUGCACGCGACAGAGUUUCUUGCCAAAUUUUUUCCCACGCUGCUCAAUUUUCAAUCGGUAUUAAUUAAGGAAGCGAAGGGACAGUGGAAGGAGAAACCUUGAAGAACUUUCGUCUCUGUCGUUGGAGUAAACGGGAUCAAUACAGUAUUCUCUGGAUUUAUGAAAAACUUUACAAAAGCGAACGGAUCUUAACAAUUUGGGACGCAUUCGACGAGUUGAAAAGAAUCAAAAGUGUAUUUUUCAACGUUUAUUUUCCCGAACAUCUGUCGUGAAAACGGAGCACCGAUGGAGAACGAUCCACGGAUUCAAGAGCAAAUGGAAUUAUUGUUGAACGAAUGCAUGGUCUGGACGAAUGAUACUGAUUCUGAUCGUUUGUCGAUUCGUACUGAUGAUACAUCGAGCGGGAGCCUGUGCGAGAUGAGAAGUUGCGAACCACACUUUCCGAUAAGUACAACCGCAUUUAAUUUUCGCAUCGUUUUUGAUACGGUAUCCGUACGAAGUACAGAGAGAGGAAGACAAAGAAGAAACGAUAUGUGUGCGAGUACGUGUGUGCGUGUGAACGAGACCGCGAGAGAGAAUAAUUAAUAUUUUCAGAAAACGCUAAUAUAUAUGAUAAUACUUAUAGUAGUAAUAUAAUUACGGAUGAUAGGACGUAAAUUUUGGAAUUGGUGCGUUGUUCUGGCCUACGGAAACUUCCUUAUUUCCUCGGUAAAGCUUAGAGCUUAGAUAUAUUGUAGUAAGAAACAAGUGCAAAUCAAAAAAACUGUCGGAACCGACUUCGCAGUGAACGCGGCCAUCAAUUCUCAAACAGUGCUAUUUCACGCGGUUCAUUGUCCGCGCGCGUUUUCGCUCGCAGUCACGGUUUCAUUUUCAGCGAUACAUGUCAAGUUACGUGUGAGCUUUAUUAUCUGAUCGAGUGAUACUACUUAACUGGAAUCCGGUAUUUAUAUAAAGCGUGUCGAAUGUCGAAGACCGAUUCGUUAAAAAGAUAUUUGAUGAAGUCACGAGUGAGCCAGGUUGAAGCACUUGUGAGAAAUGGUGGUCGAACAUCUGUCUAUUCGUUUUCGGCUGGAUUAAGGAGAACGCGGUUACGCUCCUUGGGCCUUCGAACGCUGAUUCGCAAAAAAAGGUAAGCGGAUUUGAUUUGUUUUGGCAUUUCUUCUCUCUCGGCGUGCGAAAGAGGUUCAUUUACAAAGUGUGCAGAGGCUAUUCGAGACUUUACGUAAGUUUAAGAUUUCUAUGGUGUUUUUGUACGCGCGAAAAGAUGAAAGGGAAACAUUUUAAAGCGUGUAUUGUAAAGAGAAUUCAUUGAGAGGCAUAUUAUAUAAAGAGCGAAACGAGACUCGUUAAUCUAUACCGUUUUUGUGCAUUGCGAAUUACGUCUAAUUGCCAUAUUCCAGACUUAAUUCCUCCUAUUGUAAUGGUAACAUGAAUAAUAUGAGAAGAGAAAUAAAACAAGAUAUAAGAUCGA